AUGGCUGGCCUCCUGAAACAAGGGAUUCCGCAUUUCGACCAGAGUUGUUAUCAGAAGUAUGGUAAAAUCUGGGGACUAUUCGAUGGCCGCCAGCCGCUGAUGGUCAUUCUGGAUCCCGUCAUUAUCAAAGCCAUCCUGGUGAAAGAAUGCUACACCUAUUUCACCAACCGCCGGAACUUCCGCUUGAACGGAGACCUAGAAAGUGCCAUAACGAUAGCCACCGAUGAACAGUGGAAGAGGAUUCGCACCAUCCUCUCACCCACAUUUACCAGCGGGAGGCUGAAGGAGAUGCUGCCCAUCAUUAACUCCAAUGGGGAGAAACUGUGGAAGAACGUCCAGAAGAAAGUGGAUAACGGUGAACCCAUAGCUAUGAAAGACUUAUUUGGGGCCUACAGCAUGGACGUCAUCACCAGCACUUCGUUCAGCGUUGACGUCGAUUCCAUGAACAACCCCAACGAUCCUUUCGUCACACAGAUCAAGAAGUUCCUCAAGUUCAGCUUCUUCAGUCCACUCUUUCUUCUCCUUGUGAUCUUCCCAUUCCUCACUCCUGUGCUAGAGAAGCUAAACUUCACUAUGGCACCAGCCUCCUCCAUGAACUUCUUUGUCAACGCGAUCAAGAAAAUCAAGAAUGACCGGCAGAAGAACAGUCACACGAACCGAGUUGACUUUCUGCAGCUAAUGAUGGACUCCCAGGUUGCAGGAGAGAAUUCUGAAGAGGCACAUCCAUAUAAAGCUCUGACUGACAAAGAGAUCAUUGCACAAGCCAUUAUCUUUAUUUUUGCGGGGUACGAGACCACCAGCACCACCCUCAGCUUCCUGUCUUACUGCCUGGCCACACACCCAGAUGUUCAGCAGAGGCUACAAGAGGAGAUCGACGAAGCUCUCCCUGACCAGGCCACGCCCACCUAUGACGCCAUCCUUCAGAUGGAGUACCUCGACAUGGCGGUGAAUGAAACCCUCCGGCUCUUCCCUCCAUCACCACGGAUUCUUAGGGUCUGCAAAAGCACCGUGGAGAUUAAUGGAGUGACUAUUCCAGAAGGAACUGUGACCGUGAUCCCGGCUUACGUCUUGCACCGUGACCCCGAAUAUUGGCCGCAGCCGGAAGAGUUCAGACCUGAGAGGUUCAGUAAAGAGAACAAGGAGACCCUGGACCCCUACAUCUUCCUGCCCUUCGGAGCGGGUCCGAGAAACUGCAUCGGGAUGCGCUUUGCUCUCCUCACCUUGAAACUGGCCGUCGUCGUCCUGCUGCAGAGAUAUACUUUCCGAACCUGCCAAGAGACUCAGGUCCCCCUGGAACUAGGCACCAAAGGCUUCAUGCAGCCGGAAAAGCCCAUCGUGUUGAAGAUGGUCCCCAGAGCCCGUGCCGAACCGGAAGAAUAG